GUGGGUGGAGCAGUGGGGGCUGGGAGCCAGGACUCCUGGGUUCUCUCCUGGUUCUGGGGGGGGAGUGGGGUCUAGUGAUUGUAGUGCAGUGGGGGGGGGGACCCUGUUUGUCUUCCCUCAGCUGCGGUUCUCUGGUUAAAUGAACAGAGAAUCCCCCUCUUGGGGAGCAGUAUAGGGGAGCUGAACCAGAUGGCUGAUCAUUCUAUCCAGCACUGAGGAGAGUAUGAGAUUGGACCUCAGCUCUUCCAACAGAGGGCAGCAUGGCCAGAGCGAGAGACCCUCCCCCCGGCUGUCACGGACCUAUUCAGGCAGUCCCUGCUUUUAAGUGUUUGCACUCUGAUCAGACAAAAUGCCCCCUUGCAGAGAGAGGGAAACCGAGGCACGGAAAGAGGUGUGUCUGGCACAGAACCAAGGGCUGAAUCGCAGCAGCCUUACUUGCCAUCCUGGGGGUUAACCUCUGCUCCUGCCUUGUACUGUCAGCACCCGACUGCACUCACUCCCUUUCGCUCUCAUGGUCCCCCCGCAAAUUCAUCUCCACGCGUGCCUGGGUUUAAGGAGCUUGAGAUGCCUUUCUUGGGGCAGCUCCUGCUUCCUGCUGAACCCCCAGGGCUGAUCCAUUUCAAAAUCCCCUGAGCAGUCCUAAGCAGCUGUGGGCCGCAGCCUAUGGGUUGGGGGGGGCACUGGAGGGUCACAGACAGAGACACCCCAAACAGCAGCAACUGCUGUUUCAGCACCUCUGUCCCCACUCUUCUCAGAGAUGGGCUCGGAACCCAGGAGUCCGGGCUCCCAGCCCCACCUGCUCUAACCCACUAGACCCUACUCCCCUCCCAGAACUGGGGAAAGAACCCAGGGGUCCGGGCUCCCAGCCCCCGCUGCUCUAACCACCGGAGCCGAGGAGAGAGCCCAGGAGAACCUGCUCUAACCACUAGCUCCUGUCAAGGCAGGCACGGAUGCUUUGGGGCAGAAGAGCCCCCCACUCCCGUGCCCCCUGAGGCGGGGAAUGGGCCCCCCAGAAGGGCUGAUCUCCCAGACAGACGCGUGGCAGGGGAGGGGGGCGGUGGCAAGGAGUCUGCACACCGAAAGCCUGGGCGUGGGGUGCAGUGGAGGAGACCGGGACCCUUUGGGGCAGGGAGUUAGGGAAGGGGGGGGACCCACCAGGGGGCACCAACCGGGACGGCGGAUUUGGGCAUUUUAAAGCCGGGGUGGGGGCUGGCAGCCAGGACUCCUGGGUUCUGGGCAUGGGGGCUCCAGGGGUGGGGAGCUCCCCUGUUAGGGGGCUGCUGGGGGCAGAGCCAGGCACUAGAUGGACGGGGGGGAUGGGUCAGAGAGUCCCAACCCCCUAGCGCCGGGGAGGGAACCCAGGAGUCCGGGCUCCCAGCCCCUUGUCAUGUGACUGGGCCCAUGCCGGCUUCGGGCAGUUCCGGGUGCGUUGCUAGGCAACUGGGCCCCGGUUGCCGGGGCGCCCGCCAGGUACUGGGGCUGUGGGGGGAGAGCGCGGCGCGGUGCAUUGUGGGAAGGGGCGCUCCCCCUCUACUGGGGUGCCUCAGGAAUUGGGGGUAGGCAGGGAGGGAGCAGUGCAUUGUGGGAUGGGGCGGUCCUAUGGGGCAAGAAAGCCGUGCAUUAUGACACAGGGUGCCCCCCCAGUAUCCCACAAUGCACUGCGGUGCCCCAGAAAUGGGGGCCACAACUUGAGAGGGAGCAGUGCAUUAUGGGAAGGGAAAGGGACCCCCCCCAGUAUCCCACAAUGCACUGCAGGUGCCCCAGAAAUUGGGGAGGGGGUUGCCUGGAGCAGUGCAUUGUGGGAAGGGAAAGGGGGUACCCCCCCAGAUAUGGGGUGAGGAAGCAGUGGGUUAUGAAAUAGGACACCCCCUGAUAUCCCACAAUGCACUGUGGGUGCCUUAGUAAUGGGGGUAUGGCCUGAGACAGGCAGCAGUGCAUUGUGGGAUGAGGCUCCCCCAUAACCCACAGUGCACUGCGGGUGCCCAGCAUUGGGGUUCCCUCAGUAUAUGGGGUCCCAGUGCAAACCAGUCAGCCCAGCAUGGAUCAGUACAGCAUCCUGGGCAGGAUCGGGGAAGGAGCCCACGGCAUCGUCUUCAAAGCCAAGAACAUAGAGUCGGGGGAGACUGUGGCGCUGAAGAAGGUCGCUCUGCGGAGACUGGAGGACGGGAUCCCGAACCAGGCGCUGCGGGAGAUCAAAGCACUACAGGAGAUUGAGGAGAAUCAGCAUGUGGUGAAGCUGAAGGCCAUGUUCCCCCAUGGCGCAGGCUUCGUGCUGGUGUUCGAGUACAUGCUGUCGGACCUGGCCGAGGUGAUCCGCAACGCCCAGCAGCCCCUCACGCAGGCCCAGGUGAAAGGCUACAUGCUCAUGCUGCUGCAGGGGGUGGCCUUCUGCCACGCCAAUAAUAUCAUGCACCGGGAUCUGAAACCAGCCAAUUUACUCAUCAGCUCUGCGGGGCAGCUGAAGAUUGCAGAUUUUGGCCUCGCCAGGGUGUUCUCCAGUGACGCAGGCCGGCUCUACAGCCACCAGGUGGCCACCAGGUGGUACCGUGCCCCGGAGCUCCUGUAUGGCGCCCGGAAGUAUGACGAAGGGGUGGAUUUGUGGGCUGUGGGCUGCAUUUUUGCCGAACUGCUGAACAAUUCGCCCCUCUUCCCCGGGGAGAACGACAUCGAACAGCUCUGCUGCGUGCUCCGGGUGCUGGGCACCCCCAGCCAGCGCGUCUGGCCGGAGAUCACGGAGCUGCCUGACUACAACAAGAUCUCGUUCAAAGACAACCCGCCCAUCCCGCUGGAGGAGGUGCUGCCCGACGCCCCCCCACAGGCCCUGCAGCUCCUCAAGCGCUUCCUGGUCUACCCUUCCCGGGAGCGCGUGAGGGCAGCCCAGGCAUUGCUGCAUCCCUAUUUCUUCACCCCCCCGCUGCCCGCCCACCACUCGGAGCUCCCCGUUCCCCAGCGUGGGGGCAGGAAGGCCCGGCAGGGACCCCCGCACCAGCGCGACUUCCACAUUCGAGCGGCCCGUGGAGGAAUCUGUGGUGGACCCCGAAUGGGUGGCCCCUUAUGUGAUGCGAGGGUGAAGAUGGGACAUGGGGCCUGUCCCCUCUAGGGGGCGCUGGCUCUGAAUCAGCCCUGUGAAGGGUGAAGAUUGGCCCCAGAUCCCUAUAUAGUCCCUGUAAUAGGGACCCCCAGUCUGUCUGUCCCCCCAGCAUCUCCCCCUCUGGUUCCUGGUGCUCUCUGGACUCUGUGGUGACACUGAGUUUUGUAAUUAAAUGGCUUUUGUUUACUGUGAA